GUUGUUACAAAGUGACCUUGAGCGUCUUCCCUACUGCACCAAUUCCCCGCCUUCUCCAUCCGGGUGCCGCGGCGCGGAUAAGAGUCGGACCGCGCCUGCGCGCCCAGCCCCACUCCUUCGACCUCUGCCGCCGCCACCGCCGCCGCCACCUCCCGGGACGAGAGGAAGCGGGAGAGGAAGCCACAUCGCCGGUCACCCAAGUCCUCCAGCCGCGCCGCCCCGAGGAGUGUAAGAUGUUCGCCUGCGCCAAGCUUUCCUGCACCUCCGCUCUGAUCCGAGCUGGAUCCAGAGUUGCAUACAGACCAAUUUCUGCAUCAGUGUUAUCUCGACCAGAGGCUAGGACUGGAGAGAGCACUACUGUAUUUAAUGGGGCCCAACAUGGUUCGUCUCAGCUAAUCCAAAGGGAGUUUCAGACCAGUGCAAUCAGCAGAGACAUUGAUACUGCUGCCAAAUUUAUUGGUGCAGGGGCUGCAACAGUAGGAGUGGCUGGCUCUGGUGCUGGUAUUGGAACAGUCUUUGGCAGCCUUAUCAUCGGUUAUGCCAGAAACCCUUCGCUGAAACAGCAGCUGUUCUCAUAUGCUAUCCUGGGAUUUGCCUUGUCUGAAGCUAUGGGUCUCUUUUGUUUGAUGGUUGCUUUCUUGAUUUUGUUUGCCAUGUAACAGAAAUUAUUGCUUGAAAUAUUGGCAUUCAUAUUAAUUACGGAUGUAAUUCUGUGUAUCUUACUGUGACUCCGAAAACCGUAAUAUUGGUUUCAUGGAAAUAUAUGUUAUUUCCAAAGUCAUUUCAUUAAAGAUGAAACUUUAA